AUGUUUUCAGCCGGUAUUCCGAAAGCGCUUUGCUUUCUCUGCUGUUCCUAUUUCGCGACGUCGCUUGCCGGCACCGAUUGGCACGUUGCCAGAGCACCGGAGCUGUACUUUGCGUUUGGCGGCUGGAUCGCAUGGUUGGAGCGUGCAGCUGGGGAAAAUGGAUUGGACUGGUUGGCAGUGCUGGUUUAUAAGUGUCCAGACACAGCUCAGGAGGUACGGAUUGAGAACAGGAUAGAGGAAGAGAAUGAGGGUGCUUUUCAAUAG